AUGUCCCUCCCUUCCUCCUCGGCCGCCACUGGCCCUGGGCAGCUCACCUCACGACCCCAAGGCCGUUUCUAUAUCCCAACCUCCUCCUCCCUCGUCUCGCCCAACCUUUCCUCCUCGCGGUCCAGCUUCGCCCUCGACGAAAGCGUCCACGCUGUCCACAGCUCCACUGCCUCAGCGUCGGCGUCGGCGUCGGCAUCGGCUUCGGGGUCUCACUAUCGGGGCUCGAGCUCGAGUCUCGGGAAUGGGUCUCAAGGGAGGAUCAGGGGGAGACGGGGGGGUCAGUCCCUCGCGGCGCUGACUAGCGCGUUGGAGAGGUAUCGCGUACCACCACUGGCGGAGGGGUCAGGUCUGAACCCGGGCGCAAUGGAAGGAGGGGGCGGAGAUGCCGGUCUAGCCACGGGGGACAAUGGUGAUCCCUUAUCUUCGGGCAUCCACUAUACCAGCUCAGCACCCACACUCGACAUGCUCGACUCGGCAUUCACGCCCCUCGCUCAGUCCCCUCGAGCGGGUGCGGGGCUAGAAUGGGCUAUGACGCGAAGCACGGAGAGGGCGGAGGGGGCGGAAAUGGAAAUUAUGGACGCGCUGGUGGAUAUCCAUCGGGUCUUAUAUCGGGGGAGGGAGGAUCAGCGGGGUGCGUCUCGUCCAGGCGCAGAGGGAUGGGCAGGGGAUGGGGAUUGGGCGGGGGAUAUCAAGGAGGUAGAGCGCGUGCUAGGGAGAUGGUUUGAGGCCGAUUGCAUAUAUGAUGACCCCGUCCUUCGGAUCCCAUCACGCUCUUCCCUCCUCACCCACUUGUUGCUGCUUCACCUCAUCUCGUCCGGCUCUAUUCCUGCGCCCACGCCGUCAAACGUUCUCCGGUAUACCAAGCUUGCCCUGCACAGGGGAGUACAGAGCGUGCUAGCUAUCACCUCGCCUUUCGGCGUUUCUGGGCGGAAAGGCGGGGAUGAGGAGUCAGGCUCGGGCGUGGGCGCGGGAUAUAGGGAUCUGGAUCUGAAGGGGAAGGGCCGGGAUAUUUCGGCUAGCGAGAAGAAAGGAAACAGCAAAGGGAAAGGAAAGGCUAGCAAGCCGGAAAAGAUGGAGCUUGGAAACUUCAAAGCUGAGGAAGUGAGCGGAGGGGGAGCGCGGAAAGGAAAGGAUAAGUGGAAGUUGUGGGAAGUAGGGGCGGAGUGCUUGGAAAUUGGGGGAAUGGAGUGUUAUGAUGGUCAUCACCUGGGGAUGAUUGAGCACGUAAUCACACUCACCUUCCUCCCUUCGCUCCUCCCCACCCGACACUUUCCGCACAUCCACCCCUCUCGCUCCCUCUCCCGCUCAUCCUCCCUAUCCGACUCCACCACACCUUCCGAAUCACAGCCGGAGCACCAGCUCGCGGAUCUCGCAGGCCAGCUCACCGCUCGUCUUCCGCCCCGAUCAUUCUCGGCGAGAUUGGCGGAGGCGGUCGGAAGGGAGUUUGGGGGGUUGUUGGUUUGGGAGUUGCCUGUCACUACGAUGGUGCAGUUCAAUGAGGUCGGCAAAGUCACGCACGUCCGCGAUACCGUCGAUGUCCAAGAUCUUAUCGAGGCUGUGGUGCCAUUUGCUAAGCGGCUCGGAUGGCUCACUCGGCGAGUAACGGGGAUAAUGACAGGGAUAGUGGGCGGGGCGGUGUUGAGCUGGGUGAUGCCCAAGGAGAUGAUACAGAGGAUCGCUGUACCCGUCGAGGCGGGCAUUAAUGUCCCGAGAUACGCGCCGGGGUCUGUCGGGAUCCGCAUCUCAACGCCAUCUGGCAUUCCCCGAAUUCAUCGAGUCCACGCAUGGCGUUUCCGGGCUGGAUACGGCUAG